GCAGCCAUGGCUGAACUCGACGUCGCACCCUCGACGAGCGCCGCGCCCACUCCCCCUCGUCCGUCCACCACCGAGUCGCCCUCGCCUCCUCCGCCAGCACCGCCAAAAGAACCCGCCACAGACGGCAUGCAGACCGACGACCCCUCGCCCGCACCUCGAGACCCAUCACCCGCUCCUCCAGCCGGCGACCCGGCCACCGCCGGCAUGUCGAGCACCACCUCCCGCCGCCCAGCAUCAGCCUCGCCGCCCCGCGAGACGGACGAGCAGCGCGCCGACAAGAAGCGCAAGCUCGAGGUCCUCCAGAACGAGUCGCGCCGGCGCGGCGCCCGCAUGUUUGGCGUCAUGAUGGGCACCCUCCAGCGGGCCAAGCGCGAGGUCAACCAGGUCGAGCAGACCGACGCCGGCCGCAAGCGCGCACAGCUCCAGGGCCGCCUCCGCGACAAGCUCGACGCAGAGCGCAGGGAGGCCAUGGACAAGGAGCACCGCGAGCGCGAGGCAAAGGACCUCAAGCUCGACAUCCUCCGCCGCGAGCAAGAGCUCGCCCACGCCGACAGCAUCUUCCGCACGCGCCAGGCGGCCAAGCUCUCGUCGGCCCGGUUCCUGUGCACGACCUUUACGCCCCCACCUCCGCCUCCCUCGUCCUCUUCCUCCUCCGACCUCGUCCCGCCGCCGAGCAACCCGCGCCUGCCGCACGCCCUCAAGGUGUCGGACCCUCGCGCGCCGCGCCCGAUCUACUACCUCCCCUACCGCCUCCUCCCCUCGCAAGAGGACCGCCUCGACGACCAGCUCGACGCCGUGCGCAAAGCGCGCGACCAGGAGCAGGACGCGUACGACGCCGCGCGCCGCGACAAGGUGCGCGAGCUCGACGACGUGCGGCGCCGCCGGCAGGAGCGCGACGACGAGAUUGAGCGGGCCGCGCGCGCCGAGCGCGAGAGGCGCAGGAGGGAGGUCGAGGAGCGCGAGGAUAAGGAGCGGGCGGCGGCGGCUGAGGCGCAGAAGGCGCGGGAGGGCGACGGUGAGAAGGCGGACCGGCGCAGCACGAGCCCUCCUGCGGCGGCGGCGACGGACGGCGACCGCAUGGAGGAGGACGUCAAGGCCGACGGCGGGUCCGCCCCGACGUCACUCAAGGUGAACGGCGCGGCGGCGGACAAGGUGGACGGCGCGCAGGACGAGGUCAAGGCGUCGGCGCCGGCGAGCGGCGAGGACGUCGCGAUGGACGGGCAGGAGCCGGCGGCUGGCGAGGCGGGCGACGCUCCGGCAGGGGUCGUCGAGCCGGCGACUGAGGGCAUGAACGGUGCGGCAGCAGAGACGGUGGACGAGGCUGCGCCUGCUGCUGCGGCGGCGGCGGCCGCGGCACCCAUCCCGGACGACGAGCUCGAGUACUGAGCGGACUGCGGGGAGGCUUGACUGGAAUUCACAGCUGCGUGUCCCGCUGUG